AUGGCCGACGCACUGAAGCAACUUGAUCUGUUGAUCCAUCGGUCCUGGAUGAAUUCCAGAGACUCCUACUACGAAUUAAAGGGAAUACCCAAAGAGGAAGUUAGCGACGACCAGCGCGAGGAGGAAGUGAAUAGCGGCACUACUGUGGAGUCCAUUGACCAUGACAAGAGGAUUGAUGGGCGUUCCGAGGACGUCGAAAGUGGAGGAGAUAGUCCCUCUAAUGGCAAAAUGGAUGUACAGCUCUCAGACCGGUUUCUAGAGAUUCUCCAGGGACAGCAAGACCGGGAAGCGCUUGAGAAGGAGAUCAAGGAUGAAAUCAUGCGAUGGUUUUGGAAGGGGUACUAUUGUCGGGACCAGGUUCCUGAAGAGUCUCUGGGCUCCUCGUAG